CGCACGUAGCAACACGAGAGCGCGGCCGGUGGCUUAUCAUACAGAUGCAGCUUCCUUCUUCAGCCAACACUCCUCCUCUCUCAUAUUCUCACACACUCCCUCCUCUUGUCAGCCCUCUACUCUCCUUCAGAUUCCUCAUCCAGCCAAUCAGCAGGCUUAGUGGGGGCAGGGCGUAGCAAAAAGACCAUUCCAGUGCAGAGCUGUAACAUCUCCCUAGAGCUAACCGGGAGCUAGCAACUGAGAGGGGAGAGGCAGAGUAAAAGCUAGCCUGUGUGUGUGUUUGCGUGUGUGUGUGUGAGAGAGAGAGAGAGAGGCGGUGAGUGCUGCGUGUCGCAGACUAGCAGGCACAGCUACCGGACCUUUUUCCCUUUAACCUUGCCUUGCCCAGCUGCUCAGCUCAGGCCUGCUGCUUCUUUCACUCCAGGUUGGACAGAUCAGUGAGGGGGGGAGAGGAGUAAACUUGCACAAGGCCUCCUUCUUUCACAGGCUCUAUUCUGAGAAGCUGACGGCUCCUGGCCAGGAUGAUAGCGGCUCAGCUUCUGGCCUACUACUUCACCGAGCUGAAGGAUGAUCAGCUCAAGAAGAUUGAUAAGUACCUUUACUCCAUGCGUUUCUCUGACGAGACGCUGAAGGACAUCAUGGGCCGUUUCCGUAGAGACAUGGAGUACGGACUCGGCCGUGACACGAAUCCCACAGCGACGGUGAAGAUGCUGCCCACCUUCGUUAGGUCCAUCCCUGAUGGAUCAGAAAAGGGAGACUUCAUAGCUCUUGAUCUUGGUGGAUCAAACUUUCGGAUCUUGCGUGUCAAAGUGACACAGGACAAGAAGCAGCCAGUUCAGAUGGAGAGCCAGGUCUACGAAACUCCUGAUGACAUCAUCCAUGGGAGUGGGACACAGCUCUUUGACCAUGUCGCUGAGUCCCUGGGUGAUUUUAUGGAGAAACAAAAAAUUAAGGAUAAAAGAUUACCUGUGGGAUUUACGUUCUCAUUCCCGUGUGUCCAAUCCAAACUGGAUGAGGCCAUCCUUGUGACUUGGACAAAGAAAUUUAAGGCUAAUGGUGUAGAGGGAAUGGAUGUUGUGAAACUUCUCAACAAGGCAAUUAAGAAACGAGGGGACUAUCAGGCAGACAUCAUGGCAGUGGUGAACGACACAGUUGGCACCAUGAUGACAUGUGGAUUUGAUGAUCAGCGUUGUGAAGUGGGAAUCAUUAUAGGAACGGGGACAAACGCCUGCUACAUGGAGGAACUGCGUCACAUUGAUCUGGUGGAAGGCGACGAAGGCCGGAUGUGCAUUAACACGGAAUGGGGGGCUUUUGGGGAUGACGGCUCUUUGGAAGACAUUCGUACAGAAUUUGAUCGAGAGAUUGACAGAGGUUCCCUCAACCCUGGAAAGCAAUUGUUUGAGAAGAUGGCCAGUGGAAUGUACAUGGGAGAGCUGGUUCGACUCAUCCUGGUGAAGAUGGCCAAGGAGGGGCUUCUGUUUGAAGGAAGAAUCACUCCUGAGCUUCUGACCAAAGGAAAGAUCGAAACAAAGCAUGUCUCUGCCAUAGAGAAGACUAAAGAAGGACUGAAGAAAUGUAUGGAAAUCCUGACCAGACUUGGUGUGGAGCCAUCAGAUGAAGAUUGCCUGGCCGUCAGGCAUGUAUGCACCAUUGUGUCCUUCCGCUCUGCAAAUCUGAUUUCUGCGACUCUGGGAGCUAUCCUCUCACGCCUAAAGGACAACAAAGGAGUUGCACGCCUUCGCACUACUGUGGGAAUCGAUGGUUCUCUCUACAAAAUGCAUCCUCAAUACGCCCGGCGCUUGCACAAGACCGUUCGUCGUUUGGUUCCAGACUCUGAUGUUCGCUUCCUGCUGUCUGAAAGUGGGAGUGGCAAAGGUGCUGCCAUGGUGACAGCAGUGGCCUACCGUUUGACCGACCAGGCGCGCCAGAUUCAGGAGACUUUGGCAGAGUUCAGGCUGAGCAAAGGUCAACUGCUGGAGGUGAAGAAACGCAUGAGAAUGGAAAUCGAAAGAGGCCUGAAGAAGGAGACCCACAAGGAGGCGACAGUCAAAAUGCUGCCUACAUUUGUUCGGAGUACACCAGAUGGAACAGAAAAUGGAGAUUUUCUAGCUCUGGAUCUUGGAGGAACAAACUUCCGUGUACUUUUGGUGAAGAUUCGCAGUGGGAAGAAGCGCACAGUAGAAAUGCAUAACAAAAUCUACGCCAUUCCCAUAGAAGUCAUGCAGGGCACAGGAGAGGAGCUUUUUGACCACAUUGUGCAUUGCAUCUCCGACUUCCUGGACUACAUGGGAAUGAAAAGCGCUCGACUGCCGCUGGGUUUCACCUUCUCUUUCCCCUGUCACCAGACCAGCCUGGAUGCAGGUAUCCUGGUAACCUGGACAAAAGGCUUCAGGGCAACAGACUGUGAAGGUGAAGAUGUUGUGGAGCUUCUCCGAGAAGCAAUCAAAAGAAAAGAGGAGUUUGAGCUGGAUGUGGUUGCCAUAGUGAACGACACCGUGGGAACGAUGAUGACCUGUGCGUACGAAGAGCCAACGUGUGAAGUCGGACUGAUUGCAGGCACAGGAAGUAACGCCUGCUACAUGGAGGAGCUGAAGAACAUUGAAAUAGUGGGAGGCACUGAGGGUCGAAUGUGUGUCAACAUGGAGUGGGGGGCGUUUGGAGAUAACGGCUGUCUGGACGACAUCAGAACAAAAUAUGAUCAGGCAGUGGACGAAAACUCACUCAACGAAGGAAAACAGAGAUAUGAGAAGAUGUGCAGUGGAAUGUAUUUGGGAGAAAUCGUGCGGCAGAUUUUGAUUGAUCUGACGAAGCGUGGUUUCCUCUUCCGAGGACAGAUUUCAGAGACACUGAAGACUCGCGGCAUCUUUGAGACCAAAUUUCUGUCACAAAUAGAAAGCGAUCGUCUGGCGCUGCUGCAGGUCAGAGCGAUUCUGCAGCAGCUGGGACUCGACAGCACCUGUGACGACAGUAUUAUCGUUAAGGAGGUGUGUGGAACGGUGUCCCGCCGCGCCGCUCAGAUCUGCGGAGCCGGAAUGGCCGCCGUGGUGGACAAGAUCCGUGAGAACCGAGGACUGGACCACUUGGACAUCACCGUGGGUGUGGACGGCACGCUCUACAAGCUGCACCCACACUUCUCUCGGAUCUUCCACCAGACAGUAAAAGAACUUGCCCCUAAAUGUGAUGUUAACUUCCUGCUGUCGGAGGACGGCAGUGGAAAGGGAGCUGCUCUCAUCACUGCCGUGGGCUGCCGCCAGAGGGAGCUAGACGCCCAGCAACACUGAGCCGCUCUGUCCCGUUUGUCCACCACGACUUCCUGCUGAUCUCUUCUCACUUGCACAGCCUGAAUCCAUUUCCCCCCAUCGCCAGCCGUGACUCCACCUCUGCCCCACCUGCAGCCAGAGACGUGCUCCACGCAUAGUUUUAAAACCGAAGAUGCAGAUAUUUAUAACUCCAGAGGCUUUAUUAUUUCCCUGUUUGUAUAUUUCCCUUCAUAGAAUAACUCUAAGCUCCUUAGGUGUGCAAUAUUUGUGUCGCUGAUUUUAUUUUUAUAUGGAGGCAAAUAUUUAACUGUUUAUACAGCCACUUUAGAUCCAAGGAUUUUGCGCCAUAAACUAGCAAAUGUGUGCACUUUUUAUAUGAGCGAUACAGCAGAAGCGUUUCAUGUAAUUUACAAAUUAAAAAAUGAAUGACGAAACUUGUUUUCAACAGGUUCAAACAGCUUUACAAGGACAGGCUAAAUUCACUGCACAAACACAAAAUCCUACCAAGUAUUUUUUCUCUACUUUCUAGUGAACAAUGGAAAUGAGUCAGAACUAACAUCAACCAAAUUUUAUUCGUAUGGAAGCAACAAGGUGUUUUAAAGUGCUUUACAUCAUAAAACACAAAAAUACAAAGACAUAGAACAAACAGUCAUUAAUUGAAGCAUUACAUUUUCUCAUUGUUAUCAAUGUUUCAUUGAUUAUUAAUCAAAAGCAACUCUAAACAGGUUUCAGUCUAGAUUUAAAGGAACUCAGUGUUUCGGCUGUUUUGCAGAUUUCUGGAAGUUUGUUCCAGAUUUGUGAUGGACAGAAGCUGAAUGCUGCUACUCCAUGUUUGGUUCUGGUUCUGAUGACAUAGAGCAGACCAGAACCAGAACCAGAACACCUGGGUGGUCUGGAAGGUUGCUAUGACAACGGCAGAACUUUAGCGUUCUGUGGUGCUAAUCCAUUCAGUGAUUUAUAAACUGAUAGCAGUAUUUUAAAAUCUAAACUUUUAAGCAAGAUAUAGCAGCUUAUUUUAACUCAAUAAUUUCUUAAUAUGAAUAAAAAUAUUGUGGGAGAUUAUUUCACUUAUAACAAAACAUUUUUCAUAUAAUAAGUUAAAUAAUUUCCCAGUGGAACUACACUACUAAAACAACAAAAUCUUAGUAUUGUUGGUUUAGUUUUUAGUAAAAAUAUCUUAGUGAACUUGAAAUAAGACAAAACUAACUUACAUGUAACUUUUUAGCAAGAUAUAGAGGCUUGUUUUAAGUACAUAACUCCUUGAGUGGAACAAGCAAAAAUGCUUGUUCCAUUGGCAGAUUAUUUCACCUAUAACAUGACAUUUUUCCAUUUUAUAAGUUAAUUUACCUGGCAAUGGAACUAGGACAUUUUUUAAUCAAUAUUAAGGAAUUAUUUACUUAAAUAAGCCCCUAUAUCUUGUUGAAAAGUUACUUUCAAGUCAGCUCGUAUUAUUUCAAGUGUAUUAAGACAUCUACACUAGAAACUGGACCAAAAUCACUUGGUAAGAUUUUGUGCUUUUGCAGUGUAGUAGUUUGUCAUCAAUAUUAAGGAAUUGGCUUAAAACAAACUCAUGAUAUUGUUGAAAAGUUCGUUUUGAGUUCUGCACUUGAAAGCAGAGUUAAAAACACUUAGUAGGACUUAGUGUUUUUUGCAGUGUUAGGGUCAAAUGCAAGAGUCACGGCUGUUCUAAUCAUUGUAUUUCUAUGUGCAACAUGCUCACAUGACGUGUUUAGGCUACUAACCUGUUUGUGUAACUGUCAUUGUCACUAACAUGUUUUAAUCACAUCACGUUUUCCUGCAGGGUGGACAAGGUAGAAAAACCCACGUUUUAGAAUAUGUUAUUGGUAUUUGUUCUUUACUUUUGCUGUUGUGAUGAAUCUAAAUUCUAUUCAUCGUGUGUGCAAAGAAUAAAUGUUUAUUGGGUCCUAACGAGAGAGGAUUUAAGAGCGCUUCUGUGUGUAGUUGUGGCUGAGUGUCGGUGUGUCCUACUGUGAUGACCUGUAGCUUUCAGUGUUCGAAGCUCUGUGGAGAUUGCAUGCCUUACAUCAACCGAAAAAACAGUACUGAAUCCCUUUGUUUAUUUUUACUGCACUUAAAGACUUGUGACCAACACAUCCACCUGCACCUCAUUAAAUUAUGUUCUCUUGUGGAGUAAA